AAGUGGCUGUAGUUACUAGUAAUAACAUCCUAAAUUAGUGUUUAAAKCGUUUUAAAUCGUUUAAGAUGAAGAGAAAAACAGAAAAUUACACUGCUUUACACAAGGAGACUCCUCAUAAAAAGCCUGCAUUGGAAGAUGAAGGCAAGCAGGGSCYCAAAAAUGCCUCCYUGUACAGGCCGCCAACCAGUGAAGAGAUGAGCUCCUUGAAAGAAACUGAAAACUUGUUUAAAUCAAGUCUUAUUCGUAUGCAGAUUACCGAGUUGCUGAAUGAAGUAAAGCCCAAAAAGAAUAAAAGCAAAGCACUGGACUCAGUCCUCCGUGAUUUAAAUGAAUUUUUACAAUCCCUACCUGCAAAGGGCAAAGAAUAUGAGCUGUGCGAUUAUUCAUGGUUGUCAAAAAAAGUCAAGUUCCCUCUUCCAUCGCCUCCAUCAAAGGUCAAGGGCAAAUUCCAGUUUAUCAAGCCAUCCAAUAUUAAUGUUGUGGGAAGUUAUGUUCUUGGUACUUUGACCAAACCAGACUUUUUUGUUGAUGUCAUUAUGGAAAUGCCUAAGGAGUGUUUUCAGUCCAAGGACUACCUCAAUAUGAGAUACCAUCACAAGAGAGCAUUUUAUCUUGCUGUUGUUGCAUCUAAACUAAUCAAGAGUAAAACUUUUGAAUCGGUCAAGUUUACUCAUUUUAAUGGAGAAUUACUCAAGCCGAUCUUACUGCUAAAACCAAAAGGCAAAGCUGGCAAGAACUACACAAUAAAGUUAUAUCCAGUCCUUCCCAAGGGGUGUUUCAAAGAACAUAGGUUUUCUCCUAAAGUCAAUAACAUCAGACUGAGCUGGUUCAAAGRUGAAGAGCAAAGUACUGAAGAACAAGACUCUUCAUUACCGUAUAUGCCGUAUUCACAUCUGGGACCACCUACACCACAUUACAAUGCAAGCAUCCUUGCAGACUCUUUGAUGGAGAGUCAUCUGCAUCAUCUSUACAAAGCCAUUAGUGACUGUCCUGCCAUCCAAGAUGCUGUUAUCUUGAUUAAUGUCUGGUUGCAGCAAAGAGACCUCUCCAAGGGUUCAGGUUCAUUUGGGGGUUUCCUUGCUGCCAUGGUGGUGUCUCAUUUGUUCACGAGUCAUAAAAUCAACCCACACAUGAGCUCAUAUCAAAUUUUAAGAGUCUUUUUACAAUUCAUCACAACUACGGAUUGGGAUAAAAUGGGAAUUGAAAUGAAGAAAGAUAGCAUCAUAGGGAUUUACCCAUUCUUGUCUGAAUUCCAUGCAGACUUCGAUGUGGUUUUUGUUGAUCCAUCAGGAUGUCUGAACCUUUGUGCUAACAUGACUAAAGAUACCUAUCUCAGAGUCAAACAUGAGGCAAAACUAGCAAUGGAGUUUUUAGACAGUAGAUUCCUWGAUGGAUUUGAAGUGCUAUUCAUGAACAAGGUGCCAUUUCUCCAGRCUUUUGACCAGUUCUUUUGUUUACCUCAAAUAAACUGUUUACAAGAUGUCAUCAAAAAACCUGAACUGAGAGACAGAGCAAUGAGCCAAGUUUGUGACUGGGCACCAGUGGUGUSUGAUUGGACRAUAAACAUGCUGAAAAAGGGUCUGGGAAAGAGAGUUGAGCUCAUGUGUGUCAAGCCUCAGCCUCYUAAAGAAUGGUCUCCCAAAGAGACUCCACCUACUGCAACACGUGAUGAGAUGAUUAUUGGUCUAAUGCUGGACCCAGAACACUUUGAUAGUGUGUUGGACCCAGGUCCACCUGCUGAUGACCCACAGGCAAGUUCAUUCAGGGCAUUCUGGGGAGCCAAGUCAGAGCUUAGGAGGUUUCAGGAUGGGUCUAUCCUAGAGGCUGUGGUCUGGCYGUGCAACAAUGCUGCAGAGAAAAGACUGAUUUGUGCACAAGUCAUCAGACAUCUGCUAGAUAGACACUGUAAAGUUGAUCCCAGUUCAGUACAUUUGAUUUCAAACCAACUUGAUGGAUUACUUCAAGCCUCUACACCAGAGGAUCACGCCCAGAAAAGACGCCAUAGCUCYACCAGCAUGGCGGCAGGCACUGGGGAGGAAGAACUACAGGAGGUCAUGAAGGCAUAUGAUACAUUGUGCAAACAGAUUCGAUCKCUGGAUUUACCCUUGGCUGUGCAUUCCUUGCAAGGGAUUAGUCCAGUCUUUAGAGGAUCUGAGGUCCAUGCACCAACUCCAUGUUACAGCAAUGCUUCAAAGACAYUACAAAAUGACGAAAACAAAGAAAAUGGUCAGUCUGUUUCCAUGGCAGCAAAUAUUACUUUGCCAAAAGCAAAUAAAGCUACAAAAUGGUGUCCAGUUGCUGAAGUGCUGCUGCAGUUUGAAACAAGUGGAAAAUGGCCAGAUGAUUUARMUGCUAUUCAGCACAUCAAAGCUUCUUUCCAUAUAAAAUUAGCAGAACAACUGGCUGAGAAAUGCUCUCUUCAGGCCGUGGCUACCCCUAAGCAUGUUGAUGUUCUYAAAAAYGGCUUUGCAUUUCGAGUAAAGAUUGCCCACUAUAGAGAAAUGGUUCUMUUGCAACAAAGUAGCCCAACAGAGGAGCAAGACCAAAAAGAAAUCAAGAAUAAAUUAACAGAAAUGGAGAGAGAAAUUGUUCAUCUGCCUGUCUUGACAACAACAUUACAUAGUAUUGAGCAACAGUUCUGUGCAUAUAGUGGUACCGUCCGUCUGGCUAAGAGAUGGGUGUCUGCACAUCUCCURUCCAAUUACAUUCCAUCAGAAUGCUUAGAGUUAUUAGUGGCACAUUUCUUUCUUUCUCCUGCUCCUUAUAAGGAACCAAGGACUGCACUUGUGGGUUUCCUGCGUUUUCUUSACCUUAUGUCAACUUGUGACUGGCAAAGAACUCCAAUUAUUGUAAAUCUGAACCAUGAUCUCACAGCUGAAGAUUAUCAAGAAAUUUCAACUAAGUUUUCAAGCGAAAGAGCUCAUCUUCCUGCUUUGUUCAUGGCUACACCAAAAGAUAAAUUUGACUCAAAAUGGACCAAGCAAAGCCCUACUAGACAAAUACUUCAAAGACUUGCUUUGCUGGCAAAGGAGUCCCAUUCAUUACUGCUCAAACAGCUCUGUGAACUAAGUACACAAGAAAUUGAUUUUAAACAAAUUUUCCGCCCUCCAUUGAAUGAUUACGACGUGAUCAUCUGGCUUCAUCAUCACUGUUUAUCAAGGUUCCACCAGUCAGUUGAUGCAACCAAGACCUUCAAUGCUAAGYWCAAAAAGCGUGUUAGUGGGCUACCUGUGGUAAACUUUGACCCAGUCCACUGCUAUAUCAGUGAACUCAAGGAAUCAUUCUCAGAURUAGCCAUGUUCUUUCAUGAUGUCAUGGGAGGAGAUUUUGUCGCUGUUGUGUGGAAGCCACAAGCUUUUGAGAAAGCUCAAUUUAAGGUCUUGAGUGCCCAAUAUAAGAUCCCUGUUGUAGGAAAAUCAAAGAAGAGCAAAGGAGAUCAACAUCUGGUUUCUCCCAACAUUUCAGCCAUUGUGGAAGAUUUUGAGAUUCUCGGAAAAGGACUAGUGAAAAGAGUAGAGGUCAUUAAGAGACGURACAACGAGAAUCGAUGAAGAAUAAUGUAUUAAAACCAGAAAAAGAAUUAAAAAAAGUUACUCUAA